GCGAUGCGUGCCGCGCGGAUGGCUGAUCGCUCUCGCUCGGUGGCCCUCACAACCACUGCUUUUCGCGAUUCAUCUUGUCACACCGAUGGUGGCGCUGACGUCCGUCCGUCCGCUCGGCUGUCCGUGACGUUACACCCAGACCGGAGACGAUUCGUCCAGAUUCCGAGCGGUUUUGCAUUGACUUUUUAUCGGGAAUCGUUCGGACCUCACGUUGCCGACGGCUGACGUAAAAUUGCGAGACUGGCGACGAUUCAUGAGCCAGUUACGGGUGUAUCCGGCCCAAGCUGAGAUUUCGACAGGGGAUUUCUAAUGUCUCUAACAUCUUCGCUGAGCACCCUAGGGAUUUUCUAUCCGACAGCCAAUCGAUGCGUCCGACGAACUCACACGACGAAUGAAAACUUCACCCGAUGCGGGCUUGAAUAAACCCGCGCGAACCUGAAGCGUAUUUCUUUUGUUUCCAAAUAGCUAUUCGCUGCGGAACGCAUGUUUCUUUCGCGGUUGUGCUUUUAGGUUAAACGUGCGCGGAUUGUCGAUAAAUACUCGUGACACACCGGUCGCCGAGAAAACAUGAAGAAUUUGAUUGUUCAUCGACAAUACCGCCGACGUUUCUCAUUCCGGGACAACGUCAAGGAUGGCGAUCAACUUUUGGAUACGUACCCUUGGAAAUGUGCUGUUAACACAAAUAAUGGAGAUUUAUAUGUUUUGUUGGGCACUCGCCUCAUCACUUUACCAGCUGAUAGAGAAUGUGAUGUUAAUAUUUUGAAUAUUGCCGAAUGCAAGGACUCGAAGGUUGUUGGAUUGGAAUAUUGCAUUACAACACAGCAAUUAUAUUGCGCGUACGACAACGGUGAUAUCGCUACGUUCGACGCGACGAGUAAAUAUUCGAAUUACUUUGAGUUCGAAGUAGUUGCUAGUUUUGACAGUGGCCUACAAUGUAUGAGACUUAGUCCGGAUCAUGAGAUCAUUACGGCCGUGACCGGCUCAGGAACUGUGGUUACCAUGGUGUCAGAUUUUCAAGUGAUAUCAGAGGUGGAUUUAUAUUCAUCAGACUUUGGAGAAAAGCAAUUUAUAACUGCUGGUUGGGGCAAAAAGGACACUCAGUUUCACGGUUCCGAAGGUAAAACAGCAGCUAAAGCCAAGCCGGAGCAAGUAAAUGCGAAUGACUCGGACGAUAGUCUUCCCAGAAUCACUUGGCGAGGGGAUGGUACUUUAUUUGCUGUCAGUUUUCUACACGCUGCGACCAAAGUUCGACAAUUUAAAAUAUUUAACAGAGAGGGUAUCUUGCAAUAUACUAGCGAGCCAACCAAUGGAUUGGAAGAGUGUUUGGCAUGGAAACCAUCGGGGAGCCUAAUCGCAGCACCUCAGAAACUGAUAAACAAGCUUGUUGUCGCACUUUUUGAGAAGAAUGGCCUUAAGCACAGGGAAUUCUCUCUUCCCUUUGGAGCGAAGGAAGUAACGGUGAAGGAUUUGUUUUGGUCACCGGAUUCGGACGUACUGGCUGUCGUUUGCAAACAGUCAGGCACAGAGAACAUCACGUUGCAGUUAUGGACCGAAAAUAACUGUCACUGGUAUCUCAAGCAGACCCUCAACUUUCUCGCUGAUAAUCCACUGGUGUACGCGACGUGGAGCCCUACGGGAAGAUGCAACGAGAAGGAAUUGAUCAUUGUAACAUUGCGCGAGAUUAUAGUUUGCUCUUUCAAUUGGUGCGUGAAUCGCAGCAGAGGCAGUACCGUGAACGACAAUACCGUGGUCGCUGUCAUCGACGGAAGGAGAAUAUUGAUAACGUGUUUCCGAGAGAAGAUCAUACCGCCGCCGAUGGCGCAGCAGUGCCUGGAACUUGAAGAGCCAAUAAACGCGAUUGUCUUCGCGCCGGAUGUCGAGAAGAAACGUUGGGUCAACAGCAAUAUAUUUUGUGCUGUCUCGUGUAACAACACUCUGAUAGUUUUCAAGCAGAAAGAGGAUUCGCCCACGACGUACGAAAUCCUCCAUUCGUAUCAAUUUGGAGGACUGUUUCUGGAGCGGAUGGAGGACUGCAGCACUUUUCAGCACUUCCUGUGGCUCGACAGAUUGGUCAUGCUGUACUCGAAGACCACGGACUCCGACAAUCUCUUGUGCAUGUUGUCCUUGGAAAAUAUGUUUCACUCCGACGGCAACAUUUAUACAGUGGACGAGCCGAUAGAGCACAUCGUACCUGCUGGUAUGGACGCGGCUUACGUGAUCACGAACAAGUCUGUGUUGAAGUUUACCGUGGACGAAGGACUGGUGCCGACGAGUAUAGAAUGGAAGGAAUCGUGUUGCCACGUGGAGGUUGUGAAAAUCGGCACGAGACACUUCGUCGUCGCUUUAUCCCGCACGAAUCGCUUCCUGAUCGACGGCGAGGAAGUCGCCAAUAACGUCGCGAGUUUCUACGUGCACUCGGCGUUCCUGCUUCUCACGACGCUCCAGCACACGUUAAUUUGCGUCCCGUUGGACGAGAGCGGCAUGGAGCGACUGAGGAAGCACGAUCUGACCGUCAAGCCUUGGGAGCACAACGGCGGGACGUCGUUUGCAGAUAUCAGCAUCGGACGGGUGGAAAGGGGCUCCUACAUAAUCGCAGCGAUACCGCAAAGCUCGAAGACGAUCUUCCAGAUGCCCAGGGGCAAUCUGGAGUGUAUAGAACCGAGGCCGCUGUUGCUGCACAUAGUGGGCCUCCAGCUGGACAACUGCGACUAUCGCACGGCGAUCGACCUCGUGAGGAAGCAUCACAUUAACCCGAAUUUAAUACACGAUCAUAAUCCGCAAUUAUUUACGAGCAACGCGGAGAAGUUCGUCGAAGGCAACGGGACGUCCAGUUGGCUGUGCCGCUUUUUGUCUGAGCUGCAGGACGAGGACGUCACCACGACCAUGUACGCGAGUUGUUACCGGGGCCGUCGUACCGCACAGUCGGUGCCGACGAGUGACCGGCCGAGUGUCGAGGCUAAAAUCGACAAGGUCUGUAGGAUAUUAAGGGACAUCAUGGAGAAACGAGACGACGCGAGUGAACUGAUACAGCCGAUCCUGCUGAGCUUGAUGAAGAACAAGCAAGGUGCGGGGCUGCAGCUCGCCCUCGAGAAGUUCAAGAAGGUGAAAGCGGCGGAGGAGCCGGCCGUCGUCGAAAAUGCGUUCGGAUGCCUGCAGCUGGCGACGAACACGCGCGUUCUUUACGACACCGCGUUAGGCAUGUACGAGUGCGAGCUGGCGAUGUUCAUUGCGUCCAAGUCGCAAAUGGACCCCAAGGAAUAUAUUCCGUUCCUGAGGGACUUGAGGAAGCUCGAAGAGAACCGCAUGAAGUACUCGAUCGACCUGCACCUUCGUCGCUACGAAUCCGCGCUCGUACACCUGUCCAGAGUGCCGGGCGAGUUUGAGGAGUGCUUAGGGCUGAUACGUGAUCACAAUUUACACGCGAGGGCGAUGAGAUUGUUCGAGCGGGGCAGCGCGGAGUACAAGAGGGUGGCUGGAGCUUACGGGGAGCACUUGUCGAGUAAGAGUAUGUAUCCGGAAGCCGCCGUUAUGUUUUGCAGAAGCGGGGAUCUCGAGAAGGCUUUGGACGCGAACAUGGCAGCUGGCGAUUGGCAGGGCUGCAUCGUGGCAGCGACGAAGCUGAACUUGAGCCCUACAGAUUUACGCGAGCUCUACAGAGAGAUAGUGAAGCGUCUGACAGCGGACCGGAAGUACGAGAAAGCGGCCGAGGUAUUGAGGUAUUAUUUGAACGACGCCGAGGAAGCUGUCGCGUUGCUGUGCGAAGGAAGGUACUGGAAGCACGCGAUAAGGAUUGCGCACGACGUUCGACGUUUGGAUUUGAAUGACACGCACAUCGUGCCCGGGGUGAAGGAGCACGCGGAGCACGCGAUCGCGCGACUGCGCAGCGUCACGGAAGACUUCGUCAAGCACAAGUCGCGCCUCACCUCGGUGAGAGCCGAGAUCAGUGCGAAACAGUCGUCACCCACGGCCAACGACAUCGUGUGUCACGACACGCUGAGGUCGAAUGGAGAAGUCACGGACUUUCUCAGCGAUGCGAGCAGCGUCGCGGGUUCCGUCGCGAGCCAAAAGUCGCGGGUGUCCACGACUUCCGGGAGAAGCUAUCGAUCCAGCAAGAACCGCAGGAAGCAAGAGAGGAAGCUAUUCAGUUUGAAAGAGGGCAGCAUGUUCGAGGACUUGGGCCUGAUACACGCGCUCUACGAGAUCGUCAGUAACGCGUGCAAACGCAGAGAUGAAUGGUCAGAGCUUGUGGAAGCGUUAGUCCACUUCGAGUUCGACGACCGCGCAGCGGAGCUCCGGGAUAAAAUGCGCGGUUUCUUCAAAUUGGUGGAGGUCAGUAAAGCUGAGAUCUGGGACAGAUCGGCGCCCACGAGUUUGAGCGAGAUGGAGAAAAUGGCAAUUUACGCACCGGCGCAACUUCAAGAAGUGACCGCGCAUCUGAAAUUAGUAGAUAUGUACAUAACGCAUCCGCCGCCUGAAGCUAGCAUAACGCCGUGUAUACUGGAUAUUUUUUAAAUCUUAUCUUUCUAUCGGAGAUUGCACGAUAUAAGUUUUGUAAAGAAAUACUUGAAAUAGUCAAAAGAUGAUGAUAAUUGUACUUGUCGUUACAUAAUAAAUGGUGAUGAGAUUGAAA